AUGGAUUCAAAGCUGAAGUCAGUUCGUGCUGGACACAAAGGAGCCGUCACGAAGCUACUUGUGAAAUUCGACGAGUUAAAGUCAAAAACAGACUCAGAAGUUGACGAAGUGAAAGCCCUUGAUGAUGCUGUCACGCAGAAACAGAAAACAUUGAUUGACCUGAAUAACAGACUUUUGGAACAGACAUCGGAGGAAAAUUUGGAGCAGGAAAUCACCGACUCAGAUGAGUAUAUGUACGAACUUGAUUGCAAAAUUAGACAAAUUCGGAAAUUCAUUAAGUCCUUUGAAACAAAUAUAAUUUCGCAUGAUACUGUUGGUCCUUCAACGAGCAGACUUAACCCUGACGCAUAUAAUUUCACACCCGAAGCUAGAGUUAAUAUGAACACAUGUGCUAUAGAUUCUAUGAACCAGCAGUAUUCAAUUCACGCCCCUGCAGUGCAUACCCGUCCGUCAGAGAAUGUCAUGUUACAAGUCCCGUCAGAACCGAGAUCUUCAAAAUAUAAUUACCAUAGGCUUCCAAAGUUAGACUUACCCUAUUUUAAUGGAGAUAUUAUCAAGUGGCAGACAUUUUGGGAUUGUUUCGAGUCAUCCAUACACUUCAACGACACAUUAACGCUAAUCCAAAAGUUUAAUUAUCUGAAAGCCCAGCUAGAGGGAAGCGCCGCGCAAACAGUAGAGGGAUUCGCUUUGACAAAUGGUAACUACGAAACCGCAGUCAACCUUCUCAGAGAUCGGUUCGGACAACCUAGCAAACUGAUACAUGCUUACAUGAAAGCACUCAUGAAUUUACCCGCACCGACAAAUGAUGCUUUUAGUUUAAGGUCUUACGGAGACAAAUUAGAAUCAUACGUACGAGGAUUAGAGUCACUUGGUCAAACGUCAGAGAUGUAUGGUUCGCUUUUGGUACCUGUAGUUUUGGACAAGUUACCGAUUGACGUAAGAAAAUCUAUUGCAAGAGAACACGGGAGAGAUAAUUUGAUGUUGCAAAAUCUACGAAAAUCAAUAACUAAAGAGGUUGAAAUACUUGAGGCAGGACAGGGAGUCAUGGAACCGGACAGAUUACACACCACAGCAUUUUUCACAGGAACACAACCAAGAUCACACAAUAAAGGUAAAUUAACUGACACACGGAAGAAGGUAAAUACGCAUACAUGUAUUUUUUGUUCAGGUCAGCACUAUCCAACGGAGUGCUCUGAAGUAACAGACGCAAACGCUAGAAAUCAAAUAGUAAAACAGAAACAGCUAUGUUUUAACUGUUUAGGGUCACACCGGGUGGCCGCAUGUAAGUCUACAAAACGGUGUAAAAAUUGUAAUGGAAUGCAUCAUACAAGCAUACAUGUAUGUAAAGGGAAAGAGGUCAUUACAGAUACGAAGCAGGAGCCGAAAAUACAGCAGACAGCUAUCAACGUGGUUGAAACAUCAGACACAACUAGUGUAUUGCAUGCAUCACAAGUAAGUCCCGACAUUCUCCUAAAAACAGCAACUGCACCAGUUAUAUAUAACGACGUAAAAACAGAAUGUAACAUCUUAUUUGACGAAGGAGCGCAACGUUCCUUUAUCACUCAGAAAUUAGCCGAUAAACUUGAAAUUAAAACAACGGGGAAAGUCAGCAUUCAACUGUCUGCGUUCGGAGAUUUAUCUCAGAAAGUUCGUAACUUGGAAACUGCAACAAUACAAUUACAGACCGACACGGGAGAAAAUGUGCGUAUAAACACACUCAUUGUGCCGGAAAUUGCCGUCCCGAUUCAUAACAGUAUUUCACAUACUACAAAGAGCUUACCACAUUUGAGAGGACUUAAACUUGCACAUUCUGUACACAGUGGAGAGCGUUUUGAGAUCGACCUACUAAUAGGCGCGGAUUAUUACUGGGAAAUUAUUGAGGACAAAAUCAUAAGAGGAAAAGGACCCACCGCUGUACAGUCAAAGAUAGGAUAUCUGUUAUCAGGACCAACUAUUGGAAAUAUCAGACAGCAUUCAAGAUCUACAGUUCUUUUAAACGUCAUUUCAUCCCAUCAAUUGGAGGAGACAGAGAUUGAAAAGUUUUGGACACUUGAGUCAAUAGGAAUCAAUACAUGUGAAAACAAGGAGAACACCAACUAUUUACAGACAUACCAGAAUACAGCUAUUGAUUACGAGAAUGGAAAAUACACAGCAAAGUUGCCUUGGAAAGUUGACCACCCAGAUUUGCCUUCAAAUAUGGCCAUUGCUAAAGGUAGGACCGAGAAUAUAAUUAGACGUCUAAACCGGGAACCGCACUUGCUACAAAAAUACAGUGAAAUAAUCAAUGAACAAGAAAAGAGAGGAUUUAUAGAGAGGGUUCCAGAUACGGAAGAUGAUAACAACAAUCAUAUGAUUCACUACAUUCCUCACCAUCCUGUUAAAAAAGAUUCCGAGACUACCCCUAUUCGUAUAGUGUACGACUGUAGUUGUAAACCACAGCAAGAUUUAGCCAGCUUAAAUGAUUGCUUAAUGUCAACACCACCAAAUCUAAAUGACUUGACGAAAAUAUUAAUGCGAUUCAGAAUCGGAAAAUAUGGUAUCAGUACAGAUAUUGAAAAGGCAUUUUUACAGAUAGGACUUGACAAGAAGGAUCGUGACGCUACACGUUUCUUUUGGCUAGCUGACCCCGACGACCCACGUAGCAAUCUUACAACUUACAGGUUUAAAUCGAUAUUGUUUGGCGCAACAUGCUCACCAUUUAUUUUAAAUGCCACUCUACUUAAGCACUUGGACGAAAAUGAAAAUAGUAUAACACAAACGAUGAAAAGGGACUUAUAUGUAGACAAUAUUCUGUCAAGCGUUGAGACUUAUGACGAAGCCAUUGCAUAUUUCAAGGAUGCGAGAAAUGUCAUGUCAAAGGGAGGAUUCAAUUUGCGAUCUUGGAGCUCAAACUGCAGUGAUUUAACUGAAAUUGCAAAAAACGAAAAUUUAGCCGAAAAGAACAUAACGGUAAAAAUACUAGGAAUGAUAUGGAACACUGAAAAAGAUACAAUUUCUUUUCAUAAAGUUAAUGUAACAGAUAUUAAGGAACCAAACAUAACAAAACGUGAAAUACUGAGUCAAUCAUCUCGAAUCUACGAUCCUAUGGGAUUACUUUCGCCAGUGUCCGUUAGGGCCAAAAUCUUAAUGCAAGACCUCUGGAAAGACAAACUUGAGUGGGAUGAACCACUACCGUUAAACGUACAACAACAGUGGAUGGAAUUAGCUAGAGACUUAGAAUUUUCAACAAACACAGAGUUACCGAGACAGAUUUUAGCUAAGAGUACAGAUGAACCAAAACAGUUACAUGUUUUCGUUGAUGCCAGCCAAAAAGCCUACGGAUCAGCUGUUUAUAUUACAAAUGGACAGCAGUCAACAUUAGUAUUUGCUAAGAGCCGUGUUGCACCUAUAAAGACGUUGACAUUACCACAAUUAGAACUAAUGGCCGCUGUGAUAGGAGCUAGAAUUGCAACACACGUAAAAUCAGCUUUAUCAAUAAACAAAGUCACGUAUUGGUCGGACAGUCAAAUAGUUUUACACUGGUUAACAACGACUAAACAUUUGAAAAAAUUCCUUCACAACAGAAUUACAGAAAUUAAAUCUUUAACACAGGAUUCAGAGUGGAAAUAUUGUCCAACGAAUGACAACCCUGCAGACCUAUUGACAAGAGGGAUCAGCGCUUCACAACUAGCAGAUGCUAAACUGUGGUUUAAUGGACCUGAAUGGAUCAAUUGUUCAAAAUCUUGGCCGCAGUGGACACCUAACACAUGCAUUCUUUUAACGAAUAUAGAUCAAGAGGAAAACGUUACAAAUACAAUUGAAGGGAAUAAUACACAUGGCAUUCAUUGCAUACUGGAUAUUAUGAGAUACAGUACAUUAACAAAGAUACUACGUGUUAGUUCGUGGAUUUGCCGAUUCAUAGCGAAUUGCUGCAAAUCACGCUCACAGAGAAUACAGAGCAAAUUCAUCACAUGCGAGGAACUACAAGCUGCAACAGAAAAAUGGAUAAUAAGUGCUCAGAGGAUUUCAUUUGAUAAAGAAAUCAGGACUUUGAAGUCGCAAUCGAACACACCCAAUACUUUAAUUCGACAAUUACGACUAUAUAUAGACGAGAAAGAAAUUAUUCGUUGCCGCGGGAGAAUUCAUAAUGCUCCAAUUAGUGAAAAUUCACGAUUUCCGUGUUUAUUACCAAAUAAUUAUCAUUUCACUGAAUUGCUUAUAUCGGAAGUUCAUAAGAAUUUAAAACAUUCAGGAGUAUUAGCCACAGUCACCGAGAUUCGCCAAAAUUAUUGGAUACCUAAAAUACGUCAACAAGUGAAAAAAGUUCUUCGUAAAUGCGUCACUUGUCGUAAAGUAACCGGAAAACCGUACAGUGCGCCAGAUCCUCCACCUCUACCAAAGACAAGAUUAAUGGAAGCACCACCGUUUACCGUCACAGGUGUUGAUUUUACUGGAGCGUUAUAUGUUAAAGACAAUAACGGACAAGGGAGCAAAGUAUUCAUAUGCUUAUUUACAUGUGCGUCAACGCGCGCAGUGCAUUUAGAGGUCGUCACAGAUCUUAAAGAAAGAUCUUUUUUACAAGCGUUCAGAAGAUUUACGAGCCGCAAGUCUUUGCCGAGAGUGAUGAUAUCUGACAAUGCGUCAACAUACAUGGCCGCAUCCGAGACUUUAGAGAGACUAACCAAAUCUGAAACCUUAAAUGAUGCGUUAUCCGUCUGUGGAACGACUUGGAAAUUCAUAAUAAAACGAGCUCCCUGGUAUGGUGGUUGGUGGGAGCGCUUAAUAGGACUAACAAAAAUGUGCUUACGAAAAGUUCUUGGAAGAUCGUACAUUACAUUGGAGGAUUUACAAACAAUAGUCACCGAAAUUGAAGCCGUGUUGAACGAUCGGCCUUUAACGUAUGUGUCCACCGACAUCGAGGAUCGGGAACCUUUGACACCAUCGCACCUGCUUUAUGGGAGAAGGAUUACAACUACACCGUAUCCACGACAAGACAUCGACGAAAAUACAAGUUUCAUAGAAAGAAGCGACAUUUCUAAACGUGCUGAACUACAAACUUUCGUAAUUGACCAAUUUUGGUCACGAUGGAAAUCAGAAUAUCUUACGUCGCUACGUGAAUACCACACCCGAACAGGAGAUAACGACCAGACAAUUAAAGUGGGAGAUGUUGUUCAAAUCCAUGAAGACAAGUAUCCAAGAAACAAAUGGACAAUUGGAGUCGUUGAUUCUUUAAUAACUGGAAAUGAUGGACUUACAAGAGCAGCCGAAGUGAGAACAAAAUCCGGACGCUUUUCACGACCGAUCGUCAAAUUAUAUCCCUUAGAGAUAUGUGACAAUAUCCACCCAAAGGAAACACGUGAAACUCAACAACCGGGAACUAGUAACAUACAAAGACGAUUACCGUUUCGUGAAGCCGCCGUGUGUGCCAGGAGAAACAUCCACGAAUGGACCAAGAAAUAA